AUGGCAGGCGCAAGCGGGAAAAAUGAUAACUUCAGAAGGACAUGGGACAGAGAAGAGUAUGAAAAGAAAGCUAAAGAACGAGCGCUGGAUGAUUCUGACGACGAGGAUGAUUCGAGUUCUAAACGGCGUCCAUCUGCCCCGGUGAAAAGAGAACUUCUAAAACGUAGAGGUUAUGAUGUAGAUCUUGAAGCCAACCUCGGAAAAUCGGUGGUGAUAACCAAAACAACGCCGCUUUCACACACUGGAGGAUAUUACUGCAAUGUCUGUGACUGUGUUGUUAAAGAUUCUGUGAACUUUCUGGACCAUAUUAAUGGCAAAAAACAUCAGCGAAAUCUGGGCAUGUCUAUGAGAGUGGAACGGUCUUCUCUUGAUCAAGUCAAAAAACGUUUUGAGAUGAAUAAGAGAAAGAGAGAAGAGGAAAAGCAGAAAAAGGAAAAGGAGUAUGAUCUGGAGGAGAGAAUGGCUAUUUUGCGGGAAGAGGUAAGAUAUAGAGAGCUAACUAAUGUUGGGUUUGUCAGGAUCGAAAAUCGUGGUUGAAGAACAGAAGUCCAUUUAAAAACAUCACUGAAAAAAUAGACUGUGUAGUCUUGCACUGGGCAUGUUUAAAACUCGAAAUGGCGAAAUGACAAAAUGACUUACCUAAUUGUAGCAAAGAGAAGAAGUUUUUAACUUGUGGAUACCCAAAGGGUAUCUGCCAGUUGUUCUGAUGGGCUGCAAUAUGCAAAUUUGUCAUUCACUCAGGUGUGUACAUGUAGCUGUCAAAGUCAAAACAGCAUAUUGUCAUUGUUGCUGAAGUGCACUUUAAGUGAGCAGUAACUCACCCCACCUUGUUAAAGAACACAGGGAACAAGGUUGUUAUGCUCACGUUUGCUGCAGAAGCAUAAACACUCGUUGUUGAUGCUAUCAUUUCUGUAGGUCAUAUAUACAUUACAAGUGUCUCAAUCAUAAACACUGAAAUAGUCAGGGCUCAAAGUUAAUGACCAACUGGUCGCAUAUGCGACUGGAUUUUUGGUUGUGUGCCUAAAAACUCAUGUGUAAUGACACCUGUGCACCAUAAAAUCCAAAGCAUAGUGCAACUGACUUGCUUCCGACCAUACUUACAUCCUUGAACUAGAAAGACGCUAAACAGUAGGUUCAAGCAAUGAAAGUAAAAGUAGGAUAGAAAUAGCACAACCAGGCUCUCAAUGAUAAGUUACAUUGUUUUUCUUUCAUCUGUGUAUGUUUGACUCAUCUCGUCUUUUCUCCCAGUGGAUUCCAUGAACUCGAAUGUUCAUUUUUGUUUCGAUGUUUUACUCCAUCCCAGAUUCUUCCGUUUUGUAAUAAAUGCCGCUGACACAUGCAAUUAUGCUACUAACGAAAGACGUGCUUUUUGCGCAAUGGACAAUCAUGUCGAAAGUUCAGUUUUAAGGGCAAUCAAAUAAAAACAGGGCAUUUAGUAUACAAGAUCAAAUGCUGCGACUGCUAGGCUACUUACAUUGGUGAAACCGGCAGAAACCUUAGCACACGACUGACCAAACACAAACGAGCGACGAGGAAUGGUGAUGGCAACAAUCAUAUUACUGAACACCAUUUACAGACGAAACAUCAAAUUGACUGGGACUCUGCGACAUGUAUUACGUAUUCUACAGACUACCGUCAACGACUUACUUUAGAAAGUUGGUUUACUAACUUAGAACAAACGCUACUGAAUCGUAGCCAACAGUUACCAGCGCCGUACAAAGGACUUAUUGACGAGAUCAAGCAAAACUAACUACGAGAGAACGACUGGAGAACUGACAAUUUGACUAACAAUAGACGACUGUUUAACUGUGACAAUAGACAAAUCGAAACGCACCAAUUACUGAUUAUGAGUCUUCAUAGCCAAUAACAUCAUGGCUUAACUAACAGACGACCAAUAACAUCGCAAUGUAAUUGACCAAUCAGUUCAAUAACCAGAGUAUAAUACUAUCAACUGACGUGAUACAACUCACUUUGACUCUGAAGGUGACUACCGCAUAGGCCGUUGUUGAAACGUCAGUCACUGUUAACAACAACAGUCCUAUUCAGCACUAUGUUCACCCCGACGAUCAAACUCAACCUACUUGUGAAAUGACUCCUGGGUUCAAACCUUUCACAAUUAUAAGCUGUGCUCCUAAAAUUUUCAGCUGUGCACUUAAAAUUUCGGCAGUGGACCUAAAACUUUACAUCUGGUAGCACAAGUGCUCCUGAACUCAAAUUUAAACUUUGAGCCCUGAAUAGUUUGAAUAAUAAAGAUAGAAUGGUGCCAGUAAAUUGCAUUAUUAACAUUGUUUAUUGUUUAUACUCCAUACUUCACAGUCUGUUUAAAAGGGGUUCUGGUAAAGAACGAAUUACAGUCUGGACUAAAGUCAUCUUCAAAGAUGUUUUAUGCUGAAAAGCUAGUAUCAUAUUCAGAAAACAGUAACAAUUAUUACAGUCAAGACAGGUCAAGCAUACCCUCCAAGAUUCUAUUAAUGACUUGAUUAUUUAAGAAAAGAAAUGAAUCCGUUAGUUGUUCUUGUAAUUGGUGUCAAAUUCAAUUGGGCAUUUCUGCAUGUGUAAUGAGCAGUGAAUAUGUUAUGAGAACUUCUCUGUAUUUGGACAGAUUGAAAAUCUUUGAAUGGGUGAAAUGUCUUAGAAGACCUUUACAUCAAAUUCAGAAAAACUGAGCUGUUAGAAAUUUCCUAACUGCCUCGUAUGUGAAUUCACGCUCGUUAGGCAUGCAAGAAUACAGAGAUGAAUCUGAAAUCUACUAGGACCAAUGGAUUCAACUUUCGAAUAGUAAAUUCAUUAAUGAAAUCUUGGGGGGUACACUUGACCUGGCUUGACUGUAAUGUAAAAAAGAAACAAUCAACAUAGAACUUCCCUUGAAUUCCUAGUUGAGGCAGGCAGGUUGGAUUGAGUAACAAAAAACUUAAGUAUUUUAUCAGGUGCCGAACUACAAUACUCGUCAAAAAUCUUUGAAACAGAAACUAUUUCUCUUGAAUUGUCUCGAAAAUUUCUUACAUUCAUUAUUCACACCUUUGUUCUCAGCUCACUUGUGCCCCUCUCCUUCCCCUAUGUUGAGCCAUGCAUAUAUUGGAGCACUGAGACGAUUGUAGCACCCAAAUCAACAUUGGGGAAGGGGAAACGCACGCAAGUGAACAUUCAAGAUUUCUUACAAGUAUUAUAGAAUAAAUACUGGCCAAUCCCCUAAAUGAGUGGCGAAAGCACAAGCUACUAGGGGUUGUCCGGGGGUGUGCUCCCCGGGAAAUUUUUUGGAUGUUAACCCCCCAAAGUCCCCUUUCCUGGGUUUCUGAGUCAUUCAUAAAGGAUAUUUACUGACUGUCCAAACUACUUUCCAGAUUUCAAGUUGGGAAGUUUUUUGUUUCUUUUAAAAUACAUUAAUCAUGAAAAAUCUGACUGAUUUCCAUAAAAUGGUGGAAGCCGGUGUGGAUCUGUGCCUGUUAUUAAGGUGCUCAGUUUACAGGGAAUUGGAUGUUUACCAUACAAUGAAAGGAUAAGUUUUGAAUUACAGUAAAUACAUGACAUCAAUGAAAUAGAAAUUUCUGUAUCAUUACAUUAUGAUUCUUUAUACAUGUAUGUGUUUCAUUGGUCUUCCUCUGGCCAGUUAGAAGCUAGAUAUCCUAAUGCAUAUUCCUUAUUAGCUACUCAUAUAGCAAGGCUGCUUGGUUUAAGUGUCAUUUUAUGCUUGGUUCAAUCAAUCAUUAUCUUCUUUGUUUCAAACUCAUUAUCAGACACUACUAUACCCUAAAGCAAAGGAAAUAAAAUGUGAACCACAACAUAUAUAUUUCUGUUAUCUGAUCUAGACUAUCAAGGUGCCAGCUGUUCAAAUAUUCUCAAAACUGUAAGAAGAAAAUGUUUUAAAACCCUUUAAUGCCCAAGAGCGUCCAACCUCAAAUAUCUCCUAAGAAUACGCCAUACAUCAUCAAGUGAAAAGUUAUGAGAAGUGAUAAAAUUAUCAACAAAGAGAAAAUGCUUUAAUCUUCAAUCAAAUUCUCUCAACUUAUUUUAUUAAAGACAUGUAUUUAGAUUGUUCAGGAGAAUUUUCAUGUGGAUAUUAUCACGGACACUUUUUCAACAUGUACUUCUAUGCAAUUACAAAAAUAGAGGAUAUUACAUGACCGCGCGGAGAUACGAAAUUCCUCUUUGAGUGAGCGCAGCGAAUGAGUGAAAUAUCUUUUCAACAUGAGAAGAGAAAUUUCGUAUCUCCAAGCGGCCAUGUAAUGUUCUAUUUAUUAUAUAAACACCAAUGAAAUACCAAACCAUUUCACUUUCAUAGUUUUUUGGUGUGAAAGGCGUGAUUUAUUAUGUAGCCUUAGCAAAGGUGAUAUUUUCACAUGUGAAGAUAUAAGUUUUUGUGCGAAAGCUCACCUGGUAUUUCAUUGGUGUUUAUAUAAUAAACAUUGAUAUUAUUUCUCCUCAUUGUUUUCACCUAAAGGAAGAGCAGAGGAGGCAACAUAGGAAGAUUGCACGGAAAGAAAAGAAACAAAAGACUGCUGUGGAUGAUGGAGAUAUUGAUCCAGAUCUGGCUGCUACUAUGGGAUUCUCUGGUUUUGGUAGCACCAAAAAAUAACAUUGGUGUUUUCUUAUAAAAUAAAAUAACAACAAUGUUAUUUUUGUAUUUUUGUUCAUGUUUGUCUUUAAGAUGUCAAAACUACAGGCCUUUUGUUAUGCGGUUGCCAGUGUCUGAGUUGUUCUGUAAACUUGUUUUAAAACCCUAAUAGUGAUCAAAUGAAAUUUCGCCUUGUAAUAUCAAUGCUUUAUAGAGCAGUGUGGUCAUGAGUAUUAAGGACAUGAUCUCAGAAGAUAAAUGUUAUUGAUAAUUCAACAACUUUUCAUUUUUUCAGGAAAUGUUUAGGAACAAGAAAUGAGAAGUUGAUUUUAAAUAUUAGUGUUUAAAGGGCUAUAAAGGAUCUUCCAAGAUGUUAAAACAUACUUGUGCCACACAUUCAGGCUUGCAAAACAGUUAGCUCCAUGUUGAAUGUAUGUAAGUAUUAUUUAUGACCAACAGUAAAGCUUUCAUCCAGAAUUCAAUGUUAAUUUUAUGCUACUUUAGUUAUGAGGGUCCCCAUAAAAGAAUAAUUAUGAAGGCAAUUCCUUUUUCUAUUAAGCAGGAUUAAAUGCUUUUCCUUGUUGUUUCUCCUUAGUGGAUAACCAAAAUGUUGUUAAGAAGGCUCCCUUGCAUGUUUAGUUUAUCCAGACUUCCUGUCUAAAUGUUAUUUUAUGUUUGCAUUCAUUAGAAUAUGUGUACAGUUGUCAAGCUUUUUCCAGACUCAGCAGUAAAUAAUAAAAAAAAUCUUCUUUGCAAUGCCCAAUUAAGAGCUGAAUUAAAAUGUGCUUUGUGAAUCGUAUCAGGGGCACUCAAGGAGAGUAUAGUUCAAAACCACUUAAACAUAGCAUUGUUAAACGUAUUUUAGUAUUUAAACUGUAGAUAUAGGCAGAUUUCUAUCCCCUACUAAUUUUUCAUAUGUUCGGAUUUCCUAUCUGAAAGUCUAGUGAUCCGAAGAUUAUAGGGAUCAAAACUUACCUUUUCGAAAAUUUCAGCCAGAAAAAAGGCUCCCGAAAAUUCUAGGUGACCUUUUUAGGGUAAAAAUCCGUCAAAAAUGGGUACCUAUACCAUUUUUUAGAUGUUCGAAAAUCCCAGGAGAGGCAGGCAAGAAAGAAAUUUUACAACAAAAUAAAUGUUCCGAAAAUUCUAGACCUCAAAUCGUCUUCGGAACAAAUAUUUUCCGAAAAUUGACGUUGGGUGCCCCUGAUCGUAUUAGUUAUUGGAAUUCUGUUAUGAUUAUUUUCUUGAUUUUGUAUUUUUCUGGCACAAUGAUUCCUCAAUUGCAUACACUUUCCAUCACCUAUUAUGUGUUUUUCUUAUCUAAUCUAAGGGAGGCGAUGUUUCACAUACCCUUAAGGAGUGGGGCUGGUUAACUUCCUAUCCACUGGAUAGUGCAAUUGGUUUCCCUAUUACCUAUCAACCCAGUAGUGAUAUAUCUGGUAGCUAUGACGCCAUCAUUUGACUAAAAAAAACCAACAAACAAAAACCUAUAUGUGAAAAUUUUGUUUUCAUUUUGUUUUGGACAUUGAAGUCUCCAAGCUGUCGUCACAAUCUAAAUAAAACAUUUUUUCCUGUAAUUCCUCGGUCUUUCGUUAG